GGUUCGCCGGUCGGCCGGUCUCUGCGUGCCGCCGCUACUGUGCGUGAGUCUCCAGUGGCGCGCGCGCCCGCUGUCUGUGCGCCGGCGUCGACACGCGGCGAUCCUCCUGCGACAACAAUAACAACAACAACAAACAACCGCGAGCCGGCGCUGCUGCCGCGUUUCUCGUGUGCCGCGUUCUCUCUGCCGAGGUGGUGCUACCGCGUCGAAAAUCAGUGCGCGUCACAUAUUUCCGCAUCGACUAAAAUACAAUUUUUUUUUUAUCAUUGCUCGAGAAGUGACAGCGCAAAGCUGCCUCCACAGUUCUUUCUCCACACUGUACCUAUUUGACUUCGUGUAGUGUUUUGACCGCAGUGAUUACUGGCAAUUGUGACCGACGAGGUGGAAUGACAAACUGUGAGGAUAUUUCCGUACGCCGACCGUCAUUCGAGGACCACCAGCACUGAAGAAUAUUUUCCAAGCGUACGAACACUGCUGAAAGGACAGAGUGACGUGGUCGGCUACAGGGAGGGCCCAGCAUCAACCCAGCACCAUCACAGCGACCUACUGCAGUAGGCGGCGCGCCUGCGAGCGGGCAGCGUGCGCGCCCGCGCCGAGCGCCGCGGCUGCCGGGAUGUAGCAUGCAGCAUUGCACCGUCAGCGCGCCCGUGCACUCCUGCAGCCCUGCCAGCCUCGCCGCCAGCGCCAAGUACGCCGCCGUCGAGCUCCUCAACAAGCAGCGACUAUACUUCGUCGUCGAGGUGAAGUCGAGAGCAAAGGAACUGUACAAGCAGACAUGCGCUCACCUGUCCUCUCAGGGAAUGCUGGACACAGAACUUUUCGGAUUGGCUAUCGUUGUUGAUGGCGAGUUCCUGUUCGUGGACCCGGACAGCAAGCUGUCCAAGUACGCGCCCAAACACUGGAAGUCUUCACAUGGACACGGUUUGGACGGCAAUGGAAGACCCUCCCUCGUGUUGUACUUCAGAGUCCAGUUCUACGUGGACAGUCCAUUGUUGCUCAGGGAUGAGGAGACUCGGCACCAUUACUACCUGCAGCUGCGCCACAAUGUGGUGUCCCGCGGCCUGCUGCACGCCUGCGCCAGCGAGGAGCUGCUCUACCUGCUGGCGGGGCUCGCCCUGCAGGCGGACCUCGGCGAUUACAACCCACAGCAGCACACGGGCGCCUACUUCAGCGCACCAGAAUACUUCCCGAAGCAGAUGGUGGAGAAUUCGGAGCAGCAACUCGUGCAAACAGUUCCCACUCUACAUCGCGACAACCGUGGAAUGGGACGAGCGCGGGCGGAGUUGCUGUACAUUCGUGAGGCCUCCUCGACAGAGGUCUCACCACUUACACACAAUUCGCACCUCUACCGCCUUCGAUAUAAGAAGAAUGAGCAGGGCCCUGGCACUGUCUGGCUUGCCAUUACAGCCAAAGGCAUUCAGAUUUAUGAGGAAAUCUCUGCAAAGACAUUGACGGCAACAUUCUUGUGGAAUAAUAUAGGAAAACUGUGUUUUGAUCGUAAAAAAUUUGAAAUCCGAGCUCUAAACUGGCCAACAUCUGGAGAAAAGUUUACAUAUUACACCAGUAGUGAUGAGAAGAGUAAACAUUUGCUGUUCCUAUGCCGAACAACACAUCAAUUUAGUAUGGCAAUACAACCACGGCUGUCAGAGGUGCGGCGGAAAGAAGAAGAAGAACGCAAGAGAUUUCGUGACUGGGUGAGUGCGGGUACGUGCAAAGCAGAUCAACGCACCUCUGUCAUCAGCAAUACCUCCUCCAACACAACGUCAGGAAUAGUGUCAGAUCGUGUACAUAGUCUUGAUGAAAGUGAAGAUGAGUUGGAGGGUGAAAUCAUGAUCACGUCACCCCCUGCGCCUCUUCUGACUCCUACUGCACCACCUUCUGUUGAGUCACUUGCUCUGGCGCACCUCCGGGAUGACGACUCUGAUGCUCCACCUUCACCUCCACCAAGAGGGAGCUCAGAGGAGACGGACCAUACUGGCAUGGCUUCUGGUCUGACGCGCAGUCAUCAGAAGACAUCUCCCAACAGUAGUGGAGGAGGAGGAGGUGCUGCAACCCCUGCCACAACAGAUGGCAGUCAGUGUUCGAGUUCCUGUUCCACUGUUGUGGUUGCGGGACCAGCACCUCCUGCCAGACCUCGCCGUGCAUCGACGUCGUCAAGCCUGGAGCUCGGUUUCUCACAUACGGCACAGAAUUCGGCAGUCUCAGAACCUGCAACCUCAGUGGGUGGUGUGCUACCAGCACCCAGCACAUUGACAGCUGGAACAACGACUGUGGCUUUGGACUAUUCGGUGAGGAGUGCUCACACCAGCAGUGGUGUUUACACUCUGACAACAAGUGCAGGGAGUCGUCCAGGCACACCUGACUCGUGUGUGAGUGCAGCUUCUUUUCGAGGUGAUGGUAGCGAUCCUCCUGCUGCCCCACCUCGAUCACCUCUGAGUGCUGCCGAGUUGUCGCACCUCAUCAUGUCCGGCAGACCUGCACUGGAUGAUCCUCCCACUGUUGAUGCCAGUGAAUCAUUCACGGUCCUGGAUACGCCUGAAGUGCCACCUCCUGUGCCUCCUCUUCCUCCCCCUGAUCCAGCACCACCUCCUCUUCCCCUUCCAGCAGAGCCACUGCCCAGCUUGACGGGCAGCGGGGAAGUAGCAGCGCGGCUUGUGACAACCAGGCCACACAUCUCAGUGCUGACAGCACAUGCCAGUGUAGCACCACCUGCUGCUGCUCCCAGCUAUGCUGCUCCAACACACACUACUAGCUGUCACCGCAUUAUGGAUAAAAUGAAGGUGCAAGCAGCUCAGCAGUUUCAAGUUCAUCUUCAUCAACAGCAGCAGCAACAGCAACAAAUUGUUCCAGUUCAAUUAACUGUUGGACGGAACAAUUAUUUGGAUGUACAUGCCUCUCGUGCCAGUGCAAAUGCUGGUUUAAUACAUGCUUCACUUUCAAGAUCAACUCUUGCACUCUCUGGCUGUGCAUCAUCACCUUCACCAGGUUCAUCGUUUUCUGCCACUGGAAGUGCUGCAUUGCUCAGGUCUACAGUUGCAACUGCUGCAACAUCCCCUGGUUCCUCCUAUUCUGGUGGUAGCUCAAGCCGUUGCCAGUACACCACAGGACUGGCAGGCUUGCCACUCGGUCAGGAACACCGAGGCUUUAGUAUGGGAGGUCGUAUUGGUUACUUGGGAGGCUCAACUGGGGCUUUGCACCGAGCUGCUGCUGCAACAGGAUUGUCAUUCUCGGCUACCGGAUCAGCAGGCAGCUGUGGUCGUUUGCCACCUCCGCCUCCUCACCUCCACGCUCGUCGCUUUUCUCCACCACCGCCGCCAUUACACCCCCGACAGCCGCCACCACCACCACCUCCUUCAUCUUCUAGCCUUGCAACUGUAUAUACAUCACAGGUAACACGGGGUCAGAUUGAACAGUUCCGUCAACAGAUGUUUUCAGAUGUGGAUUAUGUAAUAUAUCCAAUGUGUGAUCCAGCCCUGAGUCGACAAGAGUAUGCCGAUGCUAAGGCAGCGAGUACACUCUCGUUGCUAUCACUCUCUUCCACCUCUGCAUCUGCUUCUCGCCAGGCUGUAGCUGCACCUCCACCUCCACCUCCAUAUGCCUGGGGCAGUGGCCUCCCAGGUUCUGGCCAAGGUUUACGCCGCGGCUUUCCUGCAUAUUCUUGCUCAACGGAGAGUCUGCUGGGUCCACCGACACUGUCACGUCCACUCCAUCAUCAGAGUGCAGCUCGGUACCAGUAUGCCCCAUCUUCACAUCGUGCCCUUGGUGGAGAUAUAUUGCGAGGGGCACGCUCCCAUGAAGAUCUGUUGGGAUGCUCAACAGGCAUUUCAGCAAUAUGUGCACCUCAUACGUAUGACAGGCCAGUGCCUGCACCACCACCCGUAACCCACGGUUAUCGUCGACUCCCACCUCCACCGCCGCCUCCGCCCUAUGACCAGCCAAUUACUGUUCCUGUUACGACUCCUGAGAAAGCAACCUGCCCAGCUGUUCCUGAGCCACAGAGGGAUGCAGAACCAGAGGGUGUGCUCGAUAUACGUACUCUUCGUGAAAAGAGUAAGAAUCUGGACCUGCCACUCAUAUCUGCAUUGUGCAAUGACCGCUCCUUGCUGGAACAGACAAAUGCUUUUGUAAUGCCGAGACAUCCCCGUCGCCGUCAGCCCUCAAGAUCUUCAGAGGGAACUACAGAAGUCCCAGCCAGUGUAGAGGUGCCAUCUUCAAAUGUAGGUAGUGGGAAUGGCAGCAGGAAACUCUCAGGUGUAAGUGGUGGAACACUUCUAUCAGGACUUGGGACAAGCAAGCUCAAGUAUCCUGUGUCAGGAUUGUCCACAACACAGAUUUCUAAGCCCAGAAGGAAGGCAUCAUCAGGAACACAUGUUCACACUCAUCCCUGCUCUUCAGUGAGCACAAGUUCUGGUGCUAUAAAGAACGAGGGAAGGAAUGUGGGUCGCAGAGAUACCAUAAUGCCAUGACAAGAUGUGGACUUUUACUGUCAUUGGCAUCAAAAUAACAGAGGCACAGUGUGACUGAGAAAACAUUUACUCUGUUGUAACAUAUGAAAUAAUUAAUGUGUCUGUAGUUUUACUCAAAAAUGAACUAUUGUUUCAGAUGAGAAAAUUUUAUGUGAGUACUUUUGUGAGUUAAGUUGUACAUGCAGCAGGGAAAUGUAUGUGGAAUAUGUGGUAACUCAACACAUAUAUAUUAAAAACAGGGUACUUUCUUUUUCUUUUCAUUUAUAGAAAUAUUGGUUUGUAGGAUGGCAGUACAGAAGGAUUGCACCCAAUAGAUUUUCCCCCCUGUAAUAGUGCUUGGCAGGGAUGGUGUGGAUGAUGGAGAUAGAAAGAACCAACAAAAGAGAAGCAGAAAUUGUUAGUUUUAAGACAAUUCUCCUCUCUAGCCUAUCCUGUGAAAGCCUCAGCAACUGCUGCAUCCCACAUCCAUUUGAAGCUGCUACCCAGCCAAGCUUUGGCCUCCCUCUAUUAUGUUUACUCUCACACUCCCCUCCAUUGCAAUAUUAACAUUACUGGAUGGCUGACAUCCUAUCAACCAAUCCCUCAUCUUAGUGAAGUUGUGCCAUAAUUUUCUCCCCCCCCCCCCUCCCCCCCUCAGAUCAAUUGAGUGCCUCCUCAUUAGUUCUCCAGUCUAUCCAUCUAAUAGGUGAUACAAAAGACAAUGAACUAUCCCAGCUAUGAGAAGUCUUAGUUCCUUCCUUGGGUGUAAAGAGGGAUAGGUUGAUAAAGGUUAGAAAAGACUCUCAUACUCCAGGAGGAGAGGGACCCAUCUGUUGUUUAUACAUUUAUCCAAUUGAUGGAUGUAAGACUACUGAAAAACAAAUGAAUAUCUUCUAUCCCAUUGAAUAUUUUGUGCUUCAGACUAAAACACAAUGUGUGCCCAUUCAUGACCUGACAAGAUAACAAACAAUGUGCAGGUGCGCACGUGUGCCCACACACACACACACACACACACACACACACACACACACACACACACACACGGCAACAGAGCAAAUUAUUAGACAUGUACCAUAAUCUCUCACAACACUAAAUGUUUAAAUGAAGCGCUAAGUUAGAAGGCACAAAAACUGCACAAAUGACAGAUAAGGGUUUUGAAUGAAUUUUAAGAAACUUGGUGUUGUUUCAGUCAUUGUUUUAUGUAAAGAUGAUUGAAAAUUAACACCAAUUUUAUUAGAACAGAAUUUCACUUUAUGUCACAGUCUUGACAAAACAUCAUCUUAGAUUGUUAUCGAUAGAACAUGGAGUAGCCUUGUUGGUUACUUAAUUUAGUGGGAGAAAGAAAAGUAUUAUACAUCUUGGUCGCUUUGCUCAACUGUCUUCUCUUAUCUUCUAAUGACCCAUUAUUUGAGAUCGUUGCUCAUGUUCUCAUCAGAACUGUUUCAUCAUUCUGUAAGAGUGAAUAAUAACCGCGCUACACAAAGGUCCUUGGGAUUUGAUUUUUCAUGAAUCUUACAUUGUAGCAAAAUAUCCAGAGAUGUUGUAUGUUAAAUUUGAUUGACUUCUCUUACUUCAUUUUUGGUCAGCUAACUGGAUUUUCUUUCCUCUUUCUUCCUCCUCCUCUUUAUCACCACUUCUCCCCUUUUUCUCAUUCAUUCUUUAUUUCUGUCUCUUUUUUUCCCUCCAUUCUAGGAUGUAACCAUUACAGUAUGGUGCAUUCUUGUUUCUGAAUAAACCAAUUCUAAUGGGAAACUUUCAUGAAAAGCUUUCAUGGAAGCUGAAGAAAUGAAAAGCUUAUACCCUGAAAUAUAUUACUGUUUAGAAAGUUUUUUUUAUAUUUUUAAAUCUAAGAUUUGUGUCCGUGAAGCAUUGCUCUAAGGAUUUGUAAAUAUUAGAAAAUAUAGGUGUUCUCCGAAAGUUUAUGUUGCCAUAAAUAUUCAGGUUAGAACACUAAAGGAAAGACAGAGUAUUUCUUAAUCUCCAACAAGAUAUAAGAAUUCCACAACAUUAUCCCUGCAGCAUUGUGAAAUGUACCUGCUAUUCCCUGUGUCUCUGUUACGUCACUAUCUGCAGCAAUGCAAAUACAGUUAGUGACAUAUUCACUUGAGGCUAUUACUGUUAAGUUUUAUUCCCUUACAGAUGUUUUUAUUACAGUUCAGUCUUAAAGCAAUUGCUUGGUGCUUAGCACAGUCUCUGAAAUCUUGGCCUUCACUUGUGUUCACGAUGAGAAUUAGAAGAUAUAGAAACUUAAAAUAAUUUACAUUUUACUGCUGUUGUGAUAUACAUGACCUUAGGGGCAAAUUGUAAUGGAUUUUCAAAAUGGUGGAUGAUUUAACAGUUUGUAUGUAUCCAUUAGUUUUUCUUGUUGGUGAACCUGAGUGGAUGCUAUCUGAACUUUGGUCAGAGACUGGGCAUAAGCCAACAGACAAAAAGUAUCUGUGACAGCAUUAUCAUAAUUUCUGUUAUACUUAUGCAUUUGAUACAUUUAUUAAUCAUUAAUGUGGCUGAAUGCAUUUACUGCACUAUAGAUAAGGAGAUUUAGCAUUUUGAUUGUUGCAUAAAGCAAAUAGCUGCAAAAGUAUGAGAGUCUGAACUGGAGAGCUCUGCUCCACUCACAGUUCCAUCUGAAUUUACAACAGUAGCUGCAGAAAGGAAAAUACACCCACUGAUUUACUGCCUACAUGCAAUGCUGAUAUGUACUGAAAUUUGAUUAAGUAUGGACUUGUGACAUCAAUUCUUGUAGGAGUGAAAACUGUUACUUCAUCUGCAGGUGUAGUGUAAAAGCAGUGGGUGACUGUGCUCCUCCAUAGAAUAUUGUGUCAGUUUUUAAAGAAAAUAAGUUGUAAGUGACAUAAUGCUUGCCAUUUCGACUGCCAAGUAUUUAUGCACUGGAAUGGAACUUGUAUUGUAAUUGUAUCAUUGAACAGAGACAUUACCUCAUUCUAUGGAGGGUGUUUUGAGUGAUGAAAUGGAUUAUUAUCAAAGUUGAAUUAAAUGAAUCGUAACUGAAGAUUUAAAAUUAUAAAGCUUCUGUUGUAAGAAGCUUUUAUAUUAAUAAAUAGAUAUAAAUAACUGAAAUACAAAUAUAUUCUCCAAAUUACAGUGUUUUUGAGCUCAACAAUCCAUUCAAAACUUUUUACAAGCUAUGGCUUAGCUUUCAGCCCAUAAAUUUGUGUUAUAACCCACCGACCGAGCCACUUAAACCUAAUUACCAUACAUCCACACAAGUAAUUUUUAAUUUCCGUGUCUUCCUAUGAAAUUAUAGACAAUUUCCAUGAUUUGUUUAGAUAACAUAGUUACCAAAAUAUGGAACCUUCUGAGUAGGAUUCAAUUUCCAGUUUCAAGAACACAUACUGAAUUUUGUGGGAAGUUCUAAACUGUAUACCAUAUGCUCACAGUUAACUUAAUUUGACAAGCUAAGAUACAAGAUUAUAGGAAGAGUUGGUGCUAUCUUAUGCUAUUUAAGUUGGCUCUUCAUGUGUAAAGCUUGACAAAUACCCAUUGAAUUUCUUGAAAACCAGGACAAUGCUACAUCAGAAGUGCUAGCAGUGUGGAAUUCAGAUAUAACUGAUCUAACUAUUAUAAUUUGAAAGGAUGGAAAAAAUAUAUUUUGUUUCUGCUUCAUCAUUCAACAUGUAUUUUAAAGCUUGUGUACAAAACUAAGUACUUACCUUAGUGGAAAUGUACAUUUAUACUUGUGUUUGUUGUACUUGGAUUCUCAGUUUAAUCCAAACACCACAGAAAACCAAGAAGAACUUUUUAAACUAUGUUGCAUAGUACUGCACUAAAGUAUUACAGAAAUAUUAAUAUAAUCAGUUACGAAAUUACAUUGUUUGUCAAAAAAUAAAUGCAAGCAUUUCAUUCGCUGAUCUGGCAAUGGAUUAGGUGCGGACACACCUAGGAAGAAAAGGAACAGUACGACAUUUGUUUAUAUUAUUUUCCAUACUGCUACACCUCUGCUACUUCAGAUAGUAAAUUAUUUGUAUAUCUUUACCAAUAACCAUUACUGAAUGGCAUUAUCACUUCCCUUUUUAACUCACUAACAAUUUAUUUGAAGCUUUGCAAGCUUCUGUUUCUCAGGGUGCCAUUUUAGUCUGUUUCCAUACAUUUCUUAAUUUAAUGACUGUAUGUACGUAUGUAAUUGUUCAAACAUAAUUGGUUUUCAUGGCCACAUUUCAUUGUAAAAAUGUCAAUUGCUCAACUUUUUGUCUUUAAUCAUCGUGUAUGUGAGCCUGCAUAAACAAACAUUAUGUGUAUAAAAGCAUCGUGAUGUAUCAUCA